CCAUUCGCAUCCAAGUCAGAGUUCGUACGUCGCGCAAUUCAAUCGCAAAUCGAAAUGUCGCGUCUGGUCAACAAAUCCGUCCUGGUCCUCCUGGGCCUGGUGUGCCUGCUGGGAGCCGCCUCUUCCAAGCCGCACGAGGAGCUGACCAAGGACCAUGUCACCGAGCUGGCCAACGAGUGCAAGGCUGAGACGGGCGCCAGCGAUGAGGAUGUGAAACAGAUGAUGGACCACGAGGGAGCCGAGGGACACGAGGGCAAGUGCCUGCGCGCCUGCGUGAUGAAGAAGUUCCAGAUUAUGGAUGAGUCCGGCAAGCUGAACAAGGAGCACGCCGUGGAGAUGAUCAAGGCCAUGAGCAAGCACGAUGCGGAGAAGGAGGACGCCCCCGCCGAGGUGGUGGACAAGUGCGAGGCCAUCGAGGCACCCGAGGAUCAUUGCGACGCUGCCGUCGCUUAUGAAUCCUGCCUGUACGAGCAAAUGAAGGAGCACGGACUUGAGCUGGAGGAACACUGAAAACCGAUUUGAGGCCCAUCCUGAACCCGUUACUGAAUCACAAGCGCCCCCUCUGAAAUAUAACCAUCUAUUUUUUUUAUAUGUAAACCUAUGACUAGUCUUUAAGUAACUGAUAAAAUGAACUGCAGAAGAUAA